AUGGGCAAAUCUUCCAAAGAUAAGCGUGAUGCGUAUUAUCGACUUGCGAAAGAGCAAGGGUGGCGGGCAAGAAGUGCUUUCAAACUCCUGCAGCUCGACGAAGAAUUCGACCUGUUCGCCGACGUCACGCGGGUGGUCGACCUAUGUGCGGCACCAGGAAGCUGGUCUCAAGUCCUCUCGCGAGUGUUGAUCAAGGGCGAGAAGUUCGGUCGAACGGCAUGGCAAGAUCAAGAGUCUAAAUUCCGGCAGCAGAUGCUGGGACUUUUCGGUCCCACCAAACCGACGGCUGUCACGACGGUGUCCGAGGUGGACCAUGAAGCUGAUCAGCUGAGACCUCGUCAGGAUGUCAAGAUUGUUGCCAUUGACUUGCAGCCCAUCAGCCCGUUACCCGGCAUCGUCACGCUCAGAGCUGAUAUCACGCACCCGGCAACAGUGCCCCUACUGCUGAAAGCCUUAGACUCGGACUACGACGCAAAAACAAUGUCGCAGCAGGCGGCGCACCCGGUGGACCUUGUCCUCAGUGAUGGUGCUCCCGAUGUGACCGGCUUGCACGACCUCGACAUAUACGUACAGUCGCAACUGCUCUUCGCAGCCCUCAAUUUGGCGCUUUGCGUUCUAAAGCCCGGUGGCAAGUUUGUGGCCAAGAUCUUCAGAGGCAAGAACGUCGACCUGCUUUAUGCCCAGCUGAAGAUCUUCUUUGAGCGUGUCCAUAUCGCAAAGCCGAGGUCGUCACGGGCGAGCAGCGUCGAGGCUUUUAUCGUGUGCCUAAACUUCCAGCCACCCCACGGGUUCUCGGCUAGCCUCGAGGAGCCAUUGGGCGUUGGGUUCCGUCUUCAUGAUAUGACAGAGCAGAAGUUGAGGAGUCUCCCUAUCAGUGCACCUACGGUGCUUCAAAAUCCGCAGACAGAGGCUUGGGAUAGUGCCCCGCCUCAGGUGCGGCACUUGGAUGAAGAUGGGGUCACGGAGAUCCAACCUGAAGAUCAUCGUCAGAAUCGCGAGAGCGAUAUUAGAUGGGUUGCGCCAUUCAUCGCCUGUGGCGAUCUAUCUGCAUUUGAUUCAGAUGCCUCCUAUCGACUCCCCGCUGGGCACAUCUCUCUCGAUCCUAUCCAACCUCCAACCGCUCCGCCUUACAAACGAGCCUUGGAAAUGCGGAAAGCUCACGGGGGCGCAUAUGGCCGAACGACGACAUCUCGACCAUGA